CCGCCACCGCCACCACUACUGCCUGGCUGACGUUUUUAAUUCUUAUUAAGAAUGAUUUAUUAUUAUUACUUUAUAAUACAUGUCUUUCACAACUUAUGUAAGAAAAUUCUUCCAUUCCUUGAGUCAUGAAGAUUUCUUGUGUUUUCCUCUAGAUGUUCUCUGUCUCUGCUCUUGCAUCUAGAGCUACAACCAAUGUGAGCUCACUUUUCUUGUGGGAGGGGUGAAAGGGUGAUCAGCUCUCUCACAUAAGGCCCAGUACCAGCGCCAUUAAUUCAAGGUGUCUUUGCACUGCAGAGUCACCUCGGUACCUUGUUUAAAAAUCGGCUGACUACUUAAUGUAGGCAUGGUUCGUUUCUGGGCUUUGUGUCUGUCCACGGAUUCCUGUUCCUUCUCCUUCAUGGACGUCACCUGCUCUGACACUGAAGUGGCCUAAGUCUCACAGGGUCUCAUGAAUCCUCCAACUUCAUUCUCUCUUGAAUUCAUUGUAGAAUCAGAAUCAGUUAGCCACUUUCUCUAUUUAGAAAACCUUCCAGAGUUUUGACUUAGUUUGUGUUGUAGAUACACAUCAGUUUGUGGAGCGUGUAUCUGAAUGAAGAGCCAUUCAGCCUUGCUCUAGACAUCCCUCUCCUAAGUCGACACACUUUAUUUUCUCUCAGCUAUUAGGAUUUUCAGCAUAUAAAUCUUGUUCAUUAAUGCUUUGUGAGUUUUUUGUUUUUGUUUUGUUUGUUUGUUUUUUUCAAGACAGGGUUUCUCUGUGUAGCUUUGCACCUUUCCUAGAACUCGCUUUGUAGCCCAGGCUGGCCUCGAACUCACAGAGAUCUGCCUGGCUCUGCCUCCCAAGCGCUGGGAUUAAAGGCGUGCGCCACCACCACCCAUGAGUUUUUUUUUUAAUCCCCUUCUCUCCCUCCCACUCUCUCCUCCUCCCUCCUGCUCUCAUAAUUUAUCUUUUGAUAUUUUUUUUUUCAAGAUAGUUUCACUGUGUAUCCCAGACUGGCUUUGAACUCACCAUCCUCCUGCCUCAGCCUUCUGAGUGCUGGGGUUACAGGCAUGCACCACCGCACUGGGCUUCCAGCUUUCAGUUUUUAAGUCUUCUUGUUAGGGUAGAAUCAUAAUGGCUUUAUCCAUGUGGACUGUGUCUACUCAUGGUAUUGAUCACAGGAAGUUUCUGCCACAUGCAUUGGGCCAGGAGAGGGCAUCACAUCCCCUGGAACUGGAAUCACACUGACUAUGAGCACCUGAUACGGGUGGUGCUGGGAAUCAAACACAGGUCCUCCAGAAAGGCAGCGAGUGUUCUUAACCACCGAGUCACCUCUCCAGUCCUCAAAUCAUGAGUUUCUAUCCAUGUAUAUUGAUAUAUUGUUCUGUGGGAUUUUCGUGUAUAUUCUUAACUGGAAUUUUGGGUGAAGACUCUUGUACAGUUCAAGAGCUGUGGAUUUUUUUUUUUUUUUUGAUAUGACUUUUCUUAAGCCAAAAAGAUCAGAAAUUGGAAAGUCACAGUCUAUGGCUAACCAAGUCUGGUCAGGCUCAUUCAUUUCUAUGUUCUUUACGGCUGUUUCCAAGCCACCAACGCUGGCUUGAGAUGCCGAGACAGAGCCACAGGGCCUGCAGAGCCCAUAGUGUUUGCUCUCUGGCUCUUCAGAAAGCGUCCCAUUAAGUGGGUAUUUUCACAUCAAAUAAUACACAGUGCAGUAUGUUCUGGUGGGGUAGAAUGUUCCAGAACAGGGGUGCCUGAACACACUUUACCUUCUCUCCUCCAUAGCUUCCCCUCUGCUCUCCUAACAUCUGUGCUAGCGAGUGUGUGGCUGAACCGCCCACUUCACUGUCGACACCAGGCCUGGAUCUCCCCAACGACCAUGACACACGAAGUGAGGAUCUGCUUUGUUUUGGCAAAGAGUGGGAGCUUGGCUAAAUGUGGUCGCUUGAAAAAUGUGUUGUCACUAAUUCCGUUUUCAUUGUUUUCCAGGAGACAAUGAAUUCCACAGAGCUCUACUCCUCGACUGAUGAUUACUCUGACCCGACUUUCUAUUCUGUGCCUACGGAUGACUUGCAAUGCUCCUUGGAAGAGGUCAGAGAGUUCACCAGGGUAUUUAUGCCAAUCGCCUACUCCUUAAUAUGCGUCUUUGGCCUCCUGGGCAAUAUUAUGGUGGUGAUGACCUUUGCCUUCUACAAGAAGGCCAGGUCCAUGACUGAUGUCUACCUGCUGAACAUGGCCAUUACAGACAUCCUUUUUGUCCUCACUCUGCCAUUCUGGGCAGUCACUCAUGCCACUGGCACUUGGGUUUUCAACAACUCACUGUGUAAACUCAUGAAAGGCAUCUACGCGGUCAACUUUAACUGCGGGAUGCUGCUCCUGGCCUGUAUCAGCAUGGACCGGUACAUUGCCAUCGUUCAGGCAACCAAAUCUUUCCGGGUACGAUCCAGAACAUUGGCACACAGUAAGAUCAUCUGUUUGGUGGUGUGGGUCAUAUCGGUCUUCAUCUCAAGUCCCACAUUUAUCUUCAAUGAGAAAUACGAGUUGCUGGGCAGAGAGGUCUGCGAGCCCCAGUACAAGUUUGUCUUGGAGCCCAUCACCUGGAAACUUCUGGGGCUGGGGCUCGAGCUGCUUUUCGGCUUCUUCAUCCCUUUGCUGUUCAUGGUGUUCUGCUACCUGUUCAUUAUCAAGACCUUGGUGCAGGCCCAAAAUUCUAAAAGGCACAGAGCCAUCCGUGUCGUGAUUGCUGUGGUUCUCGUGUUCCUGGCUUGCCAGAUCCCUCACAAUGUCGUCCUCCUCCUGACUUCAGUAAACAUGGGCAAAAUGAACCGGACCUGCAGUGGUGAGAUACGCCUCGCCUACACCAGGAACGUGGCCGAGAUCCUGGCUUUCCUUCACUGCUGCCUCAACCCUGUGUUGUAUGCAUUUGUUGGACAGAAGUUCAGAAACUACUUCAUGAAGAUCAUGAAGGAUGUGUGGUGUGCUAAACGAAAGAACAAGGUGCCAGGUUUCCUCUGUGCCCGGAUGUACUCAGAAAGCUACGUUUCCCGGCAGACUAGUGAGAUUAUGGACAAUGACAACGCAUCAUCCUUUACCAUGUAACAUGAAGCCACAUACCCCAAAAACCUUUGUGAAACUUGCUAUCACAUGUGAAAGAGAGAGAGAGAGAGAGAGAGAGAGAGAGAGAGAGAGAGAGAGAGAGAGAGAGAAAGCCAUGCCCAAAUAACUAUGGAAAUUAAAUGAAGCUUUCCUGCAGGAUCAGAACCAGUUGGCAGGUGGGCACCAAUAGCCAAGCUCUCCCCCGUGUGGUUGACAAGAAACGUUAGUGGCUCUUGUGUCCUGGGGUUGGUGUUCCACGAAACAAGCUGUGGGGAAUGCUGGAUUAGAGUGAUAUGGUAUGAAUAUGAACAUAUUCACAAACUGCGUGAAGGGGUUGCAGACCCAGUUAGAGCACAAAACAAGGAGACAGCUUGAGAAAGCUACAGAAGCCCUCCUGUGACUCACGGGACGCUAACAAGAUGUUUACCAUCCCUGAUGGCAAGUGGCAAAGAUCCUGUACAGCUUCCCUUUUAUCACCUCAGCAAGCGCUAGGCGGCCGGGGGUGGGGUGGGGGGAGGGGUGACCAAGGGCAAGUAUCCACAAACUGGAACCAAGCAGGACAUGGGCAUGUUACCAUCAUGGGGGCUUGCUUCCCUUUCAGGAAGUGGUUUCCUGUGGCUCCCUUCCCCCUCCGAGGUGGGUGGAGCCUGAGGAGGCAAGCUGGGAUCCAGUUCCAGGCUAGGCUACCAGUUCAGCAGUUCAGCAGUCGCUAGCAUAGUUUAACAUUCAUCCCAUGGAUGGUAAACUUGGCUUGUCUGUAGUUGAAAGUGCUUUUCUUCCAGUUCUGAAAUGGAGCUGAGGAUUCUGGCCACCAAGAACUUCAAGUUAGGCCCUGAACAGGGGAAAGCGUGCUGGCCUCUGAGACCAAGUGGAUUUGUUGUGUGUUUAAAUUGGGAAUUGAACCUAAGGUCUCACUCACAUAAGGCUCCGCCAGUGUGUCGCCACUGUGCUGUAUUCCAAGACCUUUCCCUAUCUUUUGUUUAGAGACGGGCCUAAGAUGUCCAUGCCAGUCUUGAACUUUGAAAUCCUCCUACUUCAGCUCUACAAAUAGCUAAGAUUACAGACCUAUGAUUGGCUCUGAGACUGAUCUUAAGGAAGCUUUACCCAAAGUCACAGUUAGCGGUAGAAUCAGGUUUUGCUAAGUCUCGUCUGCCUCAUUAGAAGUUCAUGAGACUCUAGUCCAUAAAGUCCAGCAUAUGCAGGUGGCAAAUAUGAACUGGGAACGCGGAAACACAAACCUCCUUACAGAAGUUGCUGAUGAGUGUUAAAAUACUGGUGUGUGUGCGCGUGUGUGUGUACUUGAGUGUGGAGGCCAGAGAACUACUUCCGGUGUGCUCCUCAGGCGUUCUUUUUUCUUGUUUAAGACAGUCUCUCAGAGCUCAAUAAGUAGGCUUGACUGGCAGGUCACGGGAGCCACAGAUCCACUUACCUCUGCGCCCCAGCACUAGGAUUAAAAGCGUGCACCACCACGGUUUUAUUUUUGUUGUUGUUGUUGUUGUUUUUGUCUUUUGGUUUUUUUUUUUUAACAUAGGUUCUGGACAUUGAACUCGUCUUUGUGCCCACAAGGCAAGUGCUUUACUGUUGAAGCAUCUCCCCAGCCCAGCACUGGAACGCAACUCCUUAGCUUACUCUGAUUGUUUCACAUAUUAAAACAUAAACUUAUUCACAAGCUUUAAGAACUCUGGGUCUUUUUGUUUGCUUUGUUUUAAGAACCAUUAAGAAAGUGUGUGUGUGUGGGGGGGGGGGGUCGGGGCAGAAUGUGCACCCGCUUUCAUGGAGUUUAAACCUGGUUUAAUUUCUGUUGCUGUGAUAAAAGACUCAGCCUGACCGAAAGCAACUUUGGGAAGAACAGGUCUAUUACAGUUUGCAGUUCUAGGGCACAUCCCAUUAUCGUGCGGAAGUCAAUGAAGGAAAAUAACAGCCAGCGUCCAGAGCAGAGAACGAAUGUGUGGAUCCCUGUCCACUUACUGCUCCAACGUCCAGCUAGCUCUCCUACUUUUUUAUACAGUUCACGGCCCCAUCCAUGAAAUGCCGCCACCCACAUUCCGGAUGGGUCUUCACACCCAACUAACAAGACAAGCCCUCCUCUCUACACACACACACAUACACACACACACACACACACACACACACACACACACACACACACACACACUCUCCAACGUCACCUAGACAACAAGUUACUAACACGCUUCCCAGAUAAUCCUAGGCUGCGUGAAGAUUGCAGUUAAAAUUAAUGGGCACACGUGGUGUCCCUGGGGGCAAUUUUAGUAUUUCCUCAGUGGAAAACGCUUUGUUCCAAGGCUGAAAUAACUUUGAAAUCGUUUUUAUUUUUAAUUAUGAAUUAUUUUGUUUCUCAUUAGAGAAUUAGAAAAGAAAGUGGACCAUGCUUAGGUAACAGAGGCCCUUAAACCCUGUGCUGGCCUCGCAGGCAUGGAUCCCUCUGUCAGCUGCCCACAGCCUUCGGCCUGGGUUUUUAAACUUCACAUCUAAGUUUGAUGAAGGCAGAGGAACACAGAAUGCAUUGCUGAGGGCAUGGGCGUCUUCUAGCCUGCAGAGGAAGACACAACAGGUAAAAUGCAGAGCGUGCCGAGGUGGCCAGCCUGCAGGGGAGGGACGGAGAGCGGAGGAUGCUGCUGGGUAUUGGGUAGCUGAGGAUCCAGAGCACAAACCAGGUCCUGGCCCUGCUCUUUCAACAACCAACUGACUCAUCACCUUUAUCCUUCUAUCUACUCGACCCCUUCAUGGCUAGAAACCAGGACCUAAAACAAAAAUAAGUGAGCCGAGCACAGCGGCACCCGCCUGUGGUCCCAGCAACUGUGAGCCUGAGGCAGGAGGAUCACCUGAGCCCAGUAGUUCAAAGUCAGCCUGGGCAACAUAGUGAGACUAUCUCAAAAUAUAACAUAAAAAAAAAAAAAUAGCUGGGUGGUGGUGGUGCACGCCUUUAAUUCCAGCACUCCCGAGGCAGAGGCAGGUGGAUCUCUGUGAGUUCGAGGCCAGCCUGGUCUACAGAGCGAGGACAGGCUCCAAAGCUACACAGAGAAACCCUGUCUCGAAACGCCCUCCCCCAAAUAAUAAUCAUAGUCAUAAUCAUAAUAAAAUAAAACUGAAAUACUCAUUGCUCUUCUGCUGGGAUCCUGUCCUUCAGCCUUCAUGGGCUGUGAUGAGGUCGAGGAUACAUUGGUGAGUGCCCCAUGAAGGCUGCAUAGACCCACUGCCAUGGAGGGCUCAGCAGAACCAUAUCACCUAGGGAUUGGUGCUGUGCUGUGGGGACCCUGUGCUUCGCAAACCAGCAUCCUGACUCUCUCGUCUCCCUUCUCAUGUCGCAGGGCUGGGUAUCAAACCCCAGGCCGUGUGCUCACAGGGCACACGCUCUGCCGCCAGCUGCAUCCCCAGCCUCUGACUCCCCUGGGAGGACUACCCACACUGAGAAGCUGCUGGGCUUCUUUAACAUCACAGAAUCAGUGUCUGACUGAUUUCGAACUUGUUCUUCACGAGCCGAGCCGUCAGCGUCUCUCUCCGUAAAAUCACACCGAGAGUUUCAGCCCUGCCUGCGGCGUGAGAAUGUCUGUGCUUGGAGUCCGAGUUUCUCACUUCCAGUUUCUCAUUCUCUCUGGGCUUGCUGCCCCCUUAUCUCUCUCCAUCUGCUGCUAAGGGGGCCCCUCCUCCAUGCUCUGACAACCCUGGAUGCUUUCACACCACAGGGACCAGGGUAGCUAACUAAGAGUGGAUCCCUAGGGUUUUCCUGCAGACGAGGGCCAAUGCCACCUCGCCCGUGGACUUCCAGCUCUCACCCUCUGCCAAUGGCUGCAAGCAGGCAGCAUGUACUCUUGGUUCUGGCAUCUGUAUUGCAGUGAGUGAGAAGUGGGGCAGCCAUGGGACGGGGCACACUGCCUGAUGGAGAGCAGCCAGCAGAGCACAGAGGAUGGGCCACAUUAGCAGCGGGUGGCAGGAUAUAAGGGGCACCAAGCCUGUGGGAGUGGCUGCUUGUGAAGAGAAUGAGAAACUGGAAUUGAGAAACUUGGGACUCCAGCACAGAAAUUCUCAUGCCAUAGACAUGUGCCCUGGUGAGCCUUCAGGCUGGGACAGAGAGCAUCAGAGGCUUUGGACAGGGGCUUAGGUCCUGCCCUCCUGUCAGCUCAUGGUCCUCUAGCUCAGCUCCCUAAACUCAAGUCACACAACCCUUGCAGUCCCUGGCAAGGCAGCGAGGGACUGCUGUGACCUUGCUCUACACACCAUCGAAUUCCCUCUCUCUCCUUUUUGGUGGAGACCUGCCUCCCUCCCAUCUGCCCAAACACAAGUCAAUCUAGAGUCACAUCUAGUCCUUAGCAGUGGCUUCCUGACUCCUAGUGUGGAGGCUGGUCCUGUGGUACAGAACGUAACUCUACAGCAAAACAAAUUUGGUAAAAGCAAGCCCCCUCUUUGUUCCCUAGUGGGGAAGAGCUUUCCAACCCCUUUAGGACCUAGUUCACCAUUUAUCAUACAAUCCAGCAACUCUCCUAAAAUCCCAGAACUAAAGGGAUGCGGAGACUCUCACUUCAGGACCUCCUGCAUGCUGUACACAGUGUCUGUUUCUCCUAAUGCUCUCUGACUUCACAGCCUCCUUUCAGCUGCCUAUAGCCAUGAGCCUAAAACUCCCUUAAUAAAACCAAGUUCCUGAAAGGCAAUUCACCUCAGUUUCCUUUUCUAUGAACUUGUUCUGUUGUUCAUAACACCUGGUUUGCAAAAUGACUCAGACAUGUGGUCACAGUCACACCGACAGCACGUGAAGUGGAGAAAUAGCUUCCACAAAACUGCUGGGGCAGUGCUUUCCAAGAGGAUGAUGGGAAAUGCUGCAGAGGUCCACUGAGACCUGGACCCAGAACCAGGAAGAGUUUGAAGAUUUGAGCUGCUCUGUGAGGUCGACAUGCUGCUGCCUCAUCCAUGCACAUGAGUACACACUCCUCAAAAUCCCUGGACCACAGGUGAAGUGGCCGGAGACCGUCAGGCUGAGCGUGUGCCUUAUCACCUCCCAUGCAUGCGUCCCCACUCUGCCUCCAGACAGGGCCACCGUGCAACCCGAGGCCUGAGAAUGUGUGUUCCCUCUUCCUGUUUUAUCAAAGCGGGAUUGCUAAUCCAGGGCUACACUUGAUCCCUUCUGCUGCAUAGUCCAUGCAGAAAACCAAAGCCCACACCUGCGGCUGUUCUGUACAGUCCAAGUAAUGAGCUACCAGAGCCAUGCAUGCUUCCUGUUUUCAAUGAGUGAAUAUAUAUAUAUGUGCU